AAAUCACAAAAAUCAUUAGAAUAUAAACUUAAAUCUUUAAAUGAUAUUACGAAUAACUAUACUUCAAGACAAAUUCAAUUUAAUAAUGAACAAAAAAACUUUAUAGAAAUAUACUCAACAUCGAAUAAAGAAAGCAAAAAUUCUAAUUUAGAUUUAUCAAUUUAUUCUUUAAGCAAUUCAAGCAAUGGAAUAAUUAUAACUGAUAAUAAAGAAUUGGUUAGUGAUAUUAACAAAAAUAAUUCUAUAAAUAAAGAUAAUAUUAACUAUAUGAAUGAAAAUAGUGAUAACUAUGAACUUGAUUCAAGUUUUAGAAUAUCUAAUGAAUCAAAGUUACUUAAUAAUACAUUUAUAGAUUUUAUGAAUGUAGUAGAUAAAUAUAAUAUUAGCAAUAAGAAACAAACUGAACAACAACUUCCAUUUGCAUCAAAACUUUUAUCUAUAAUUUUAUAUUCAGAUGGUAUUAAUUUAACUAGUGAUCAAAUUAUUUAUCCUACUGUACCAGAUCGGCUACAUCAUUUAGAUAUUGGUCUUUUUUAUUAUCAAAUUAAAUAUAGUCGAAUGCUUUUAAAAAAAUUAGAUGGAAAUGAUGCAAUAAAUAAAAUAAAUUAUCAAUUUAGAAAUAUUUCACCCAUUCAUGGGCUUAAAAUUUUUAAAUUUAGACUACAAAAUAUCAAAUAUUUUAUAGCAGGAAAAUAUCAAGAUAUUAUAAAAGUUAUACCUUUUAUAAUUGAUAGUAUUUUAAAUUCAUUUGAUAAGCAAAUAGAUAAAGCAUUAAUGAUAUUAUUUAUCAAAUGGAAUAUUAUGUAUAAAAUGAGUUGUAAUACAAAUCCAAAUGAAAAUGAUUUAAAAGAAUUUGAGGCAUCUGUUAAAUAA